AUGGCUGAAUUCCUGCAAGCCAAUGGGGUUCAACACAUCAAGUCGGCUCCCUAUCACCCGGUAACCAACGGCUUGGCAGUGAGGUUUGUGCAGACCCUCAAACAUGCUCUCAAAGCAUCACAAGGGCAAAGUAUCGCUGGCAUGGACCUGCUGAAACCACCAACCCUGAGCGAGAUUGUUCAAAUGGAUCAACGGAAACAAGUCAAGUACAGAGACCUGCAUUCCAAGAACCAAGUUUUUGCACCUGGUGACUCUAUUAUGGCCCGAGGUUAUCAAAUUUACGGUCUGUACCUGGCGGCAGGCACAGUGGCCGCUUCGGCCCCGGCGGGCGUCGGCACGGCGGCCGCCCGCAAGCGGCGCCGCCAGCACGGUCAACUCUGGCUACCCGAGGGAUUCCGGACCGGCGAUAAACUAAGACGCCGGGCCGCUGGGGAAGAUGAAGCGGAAUUGAGGCCAUCAAAGAACUCCACGGACAAUUUGCUGACGGAUGCUCUCCCCGACAUCACAUUGGGCAACAACAGCUUUGAGGUGCCGGACGGUGAUCGCCGGCAGUGGACGCGGCAGCACCUGGACGCGGCCGACCUGCGCAUCCCUGGUGGGGGUGACACGGAGGCUGGGGACGUGGACGCGCGUGGGCCCGACGGCUUGACACCACUGAUGAUCGCGUCGUGCAGCGGCGGCGGUCUAGAGACGGCGGCCGGUGGCGAGGAGGACGCCUCGGCGGUGGACGACUUCAUCUACCGGGGCGCAAGCCUCCACGAGCGGACGGAGCGCAGCGGCGAGACGGCGCUGCACCUGGCCGCCCGCUACGCCCGCUCCGAUGCCGCCAAGAGCCUGCUGGAGGCCGGCGCCGACGCCAACGCACGCGACAACGCCGGCAGGACCCCGCUGCACGCAGCUGUGGCCGCCGACGCCCAGGGGGUCUUCCAGAUUCUGAUCAGGAACCGCGCCACGGACUUGGACGCCCGCAUGCACGACGGCACAACGCCGCUCAUCUUGGCCGCCAGGCUAGCGGUGGAAGGGACGGUGGAUGAGCUUAUCAACUGCCACGCUGACGUCAACGCCGUGGAUGAUUUCGGUAAAUCGGCGCUGCACUGGGCCGCCGCCGUCAAUAACGCCGAGGCCGCUAUUGUUCUCCUCAAGAGUGGGGCAAACAAGGAUAUGCAAAAUAACAAGGAGGAAACGCCACUUUUCCUAGCAGCCCGGGAAGGAAGCUACAAGACUUGCAAAGUCUUGCUUGAACACUUUGCCAACCGGGAGAUCAGCGACCACGUGGACCGCCUCCCGCGCGACGCUGCCCAGGAGCGCCUGCACCACGAUAUAGUGAGUCUGAUGGACGAGCGCGCCCCCCCGCCGCUGCCGGCCUCCCCUGCCGCCUGCGCAUCGUCCGAAAGAACAGGGAAGCCUCCCCGAAAAGCCAAGCCCUGCCACGGGAAGAGGAGGAGCCCGCAGAUGGAGGACGCCAAAGCGGCGGGCCCGUCAGACAGCUCGGCCGUCUUGUCCCCGGCCGACUCGCCUUUGCCUUGCCUCCGCCACAUGCCGGCGUCGGCCGGCUGGCUCUCUGGUAUGAUGGGCGCCCUUUGCGCCGGUCCUCCUCAGAUGACGGCCUACGGCGGCACGUGGAUGGCAGCGGCCCAUUUCCAUCCCGCCGAGCGACACUUUCUAACGCCAUCGCCCGGCUCGCCCGAUCGCUGGUCCAGCUGCUCGCCGCGCUCCAACAUCUCCGACUGGUCGGAGGGUAUCUCCAGUCCACCUACCAGCGUGAUGGGGGGACGUCUCACAGAACACUUCAAAUGA